AUAAAUAUUACGGUACGCACGUAAUACUUAUUGUCCACAAACCUGUGAUAUGAAGCGGAAAUGAGGUGCAUUCUGUGUUACCAUACAAAUUCAAAGUAAAUUAUCUCCAAAGAACAAGUACAGCAAAAAGCCAAAAACAAAAAAGUAUCAGUUUUGCAGUUCGAAAACUUCGCUUGAAAUGCAUCAGGGCCUCACUCAUCCUUGAGGUGUGCUAAAGUGUUUAUCUGCUACCAAUACUUUUUGGGGAAUGGCAAAAAAAAAAAAAAAAAAACGAAAUAUAAGUGAUGUUAGACGAAACUCCGUAAACAAAACCGGAACGCCACUUGUCGUACUGUGGGGUGUCAAAUAAAAAAAAACAUGAAACACGCACAUGAAGAGCCAAUGAAAAUGGGGCGCCGUGACAACACAACAGUUAACAUAUGUUUAACAGCAGUUGCAUUUGGUCGUGAUAAUAAGCUUUACAAAAAUAUGUUUAAUUUACUUGUGAAGUUCUCUAUGAAUACUAUUUUAACCCCACUACUAGCUAGAAACGAAUUUUAGUGGAUAACAGCUUGGAGUGCUUUUUAAGCCAUCAAAGUUUUCGUUUAAAAAAAGCUAUACAGCAUUCAGCGUAAUGAAACAAGUCUUGAUCCGAUUAUACAAUUUACGCAGUGCAAAAUUUUGGGGUUUUUUUCUAGUAGCCAAUGUGCUUUUCGCAAUUUUUUGGUUUUCUAAUCAAUAUGAUCGUCUUGAUCAACUACAUCUCUACGUCUUCUCUAGCAAUGAAUCUCAAAUCGGUACGGCCACUACCAGGAAAACCUUAACCACGCGUGAAAAUAAAAACAUUUUGAUGUGGAAUGGUGUACAUGUUGAGGACACGGCCCCAUUUGGUUUCGGGCACCAACCUUUCGUCCAAAACGCAUGUGAGGUCUCCGACUGUGUCGUCUUUGCUAACCGGUCAUCUUUGCCGUUCGAAAAAUAUGAUGCCAUUCUUAUUCAUCUGCACGAGCUAUCAAAAACUUAUAUGCCUAAUAUUCCUAGACAAAAACAUCAGCGUUUUGUCUUUCUUACGCAAGAAUCACCCAACUCAAUGGAUACAGUCGACGUCACUACGAUGGGACACUGGUUCAACUGGACCAUGAGUUAUAAACUCAACUCGGAUAUUCAAUUCCUUUACGGGCGUAUCCUUCCGGGCCCGACGGCUCCGAAAACCUUGGAAGAAACCAAACAAAUUAUUGAAACAACAUACUUUUCAUCAGCAAAAAACUAUGCAACCAACAAAACCAAGCUAGUCGCGUGGAUGGUAUCACAUUGUACCACAUUUAGUUUGCGGGAGACUUACGUAAAUCAGCUGAGAAAAUUCAUUCCGGUAGAUAUUUAUGGCUCGUGUGGAAAUCUAACGUGUCCCCAUAGUAAACUAUCAAACUUCUUGUCCGAUCCGGAGUGCUACCAUUUGCUAGAAAAGAAGUAUAAAUUUUAUUUGUCUUUUGAAAACUCCAUAUGUACAGACUACGUGACAGAGAAGUUUUUUGAAAUUAUGAGACAAGAUUUGAUACCUGUAGUAUACGGGGGAGCAAACUAUAGCCAGUUUGCACCUCUUCAUUCGUACAUCAACGCGCUUGAUUACACACCCAAGGAACUGGCCGAUUACCUGAAAAUGCUCGACGCAAACGACACGCUAUACAACGAGUACUUUUGGUGGAAAGAUCACUACCGAGUGGAGGCCGGUAUUGAAAACAGAGCUCGCCACGGCUUCUGUGACCUGUGUAAAAAGCUCCAUCAAGAUCAGGACGUAACAAAGAUUUACCCUGAGCUUGUUUCAGAGUGGCACCCCAGCACGCAGUGUAAGCGCAUGACACCAUGGGAAAGCUAGAAUUAAAAGAUAAUUAUUGUUUUUCAGUUGUUUACUUUUGAGAAGUCGUUAAAACUUGUUUAAAACUGAAAGUUAAUUGGUUCAAUUGUUUUCUAUUUUCUUCUAUUAAGUCAAUAAAUGAUAGAUAGAAAAAUC